AUUGGUUUGUGUUUUUCUUUUUCGUGCUCUGUGCUGUUGGAAGAAAAUUGAACCAAAUAUGUCGAACGUGAUUGAUCCAAUAAAACUCCUAACGGAUAAAGGGGAACGCCAAGCGCCCUUUAUGAAUAGUAUAUUUAACCCUGUAGUGUGUUCUGUACUUGGUUUUGGUUGUGCAGCAUUCGUCAAUUGGGGUUUAAGAAAGCCGCCAUUCUCCGGUAUACAAAGUCAUGUUACAUUUGCGGCAAUAGGUGGCGGUCUUGGUUAUUAUUUCGACGGGAAACGAAACGAACACAUUGCCAAACGUGAUGCUGUGCUGAAGCAUUACAUCGAACUUCAUCCCGACGAUUUUCCACCAAAGGAGCGCAAGAAGUACGGUGAUAUUUUGGAGGCCUGGACGCCAAUCCGAUAGAAAGCGAAUUAAGACGGUGAUACUGGUAAUCACUACCAAAACACAGGCACCGCAUAGAAUAUAAUUGUAUAAACAUCGCAGAUUGUUAAUUGAAUGUGCAAAGUAGCCAUAACGAAAAAUAAAAAGUGAAAAGCAAGUGAAGAAAAUA